GGCAAGAUAAAAUCAACUCCCUCUCUUUAUUCCACGUGGACAGAUGCGAGCGCUCUCUCUCUCUAAAUGCACAUCAAUGCAUAUCUGCACAAAGCUCUGGAUUGUUAUCCAAAUGGGGAAAUUUUGCCGUCGUCUCCUUUUGAGUUCACGAAUGACGUCUUGGUGCUUUUCCUUCGGAAAAAUCAUUCCCUUGAAUCCACACUGACCACUGACAAAUCAAUUGAAAAUGGAGCCAUGGGGGAGAGCAAAAUGGGCAUCUCUGACACAGCUCAGUCCCAAUGCCGCGGUAACUCUUUAUCACUUAUGGCCCGACCUAUGCCUCAUCUCACACCUGUUUCUGAUAGUGUCUGUCGUCUCCUGUCUCCUGGGCCGAGCAGGCAUGCAAGCAGGCGACGAAUAAAAUGGCGCGUGGGUGGGACAAAGGAAGGUAUAGUUCAUUGGGAUCAAAAGGCGAGUAGAUCACCUGGACUAUGUACAUGUACUUCGACUUUGAGCGAUAAGAAUAAGAAGGUUGCAAGAGAAAGAGCACUAAGCGUUGGCUGCAGGGAGCGCGAUCGAGAGUCUUUGGGCGGUGGGGAUAAAUUUCUCGCCGAGGCGGGUGCGGGCCUGCCGUCUCGACUUAAAUUGGUUUAAUGACCCAUAUGAAACCUUAAUGAAACCCAGACGGACAACUCUUUAGCUUGAAGGAACAGAUAUUUCAGAUACAAGGAAUACGAAACAUGCAGCUGCGCUGUACUUCCAGAGAAGCGGAUGUGGAAUGAAGCAUGGGUAUUUUCUGUGCCGCAGCUUAUGUUUCAACGUUUGUAUCUAUGGUUUUUGCAUGCCUUUGCUGGAAAUUGCUGAUUAGUUCAGUAGUUUUAGAUCGUCUUCUCCUGGGCAAGCGUCCAAUGUGCUAAAAGCGUGGAAGCAUUGGUUAGAAAACAGGAAGGAAAGAAAAGAUGCAGGGGAUCG